AUGAGAUUACUCUGGGUAGUGAAAUUCAUAUUGCAAUAUAUUAUAAUAGUCAAUGCAGAUAAUAAGUAUGAAAAUACGACUGAAAACAGUUUGACUAACGGACUUCUGUUUCUGUUAAAUGGAACAUUUUUCGAUCUGAAAGAAAAAAUGUGCAAUUUGCAGGGGGAUGUUGAUGUUUUAGAAGCGGUUGUAAAUCGCUACGAAUCAGUGCCACGUUCCGAUCAUUUUAACAACUCCGUGCUAACAGAAUUCAAAGAACUGGUUAGAAGACAACUGCAAGCGUUUUCAAAGAUACAGAAUGGUUUUGAAAACUCGAUACGUCUACUUCAGAAGGAACAGGAAGACAUAUGGGAAUUGGUCAAUACCACUCGCAGACAUCGGGAAAUAAAUGCUACCAAAGACAAAGGGCUUGGGACUUGUACCGAGGGAUGGAUAACUGCAGCAAGGAAAUGCUAUUAUGUCUCACAAGAUGUUCAAAAGACAAACUGGGAAUCGGCAAAUAAUUAUUGUGGCACCGUUGGAGGUAAACUAGUGGAGCUGAAGAAUGAUGAGGAAGCUAAUGAUGUUUUCCAGAUGAUGCCAGACAGAAUUCGACUUCGUGAUUACAUCUACACUGGGGAAAAGAGAACAGAUGAUGGUAUGUGGGUGUUUCAAGCAGAGUUAGAUCCAGUUGACAUUGCAGCUAGAACCUGGGCUCCAGACGAGCCUGGGGGAUCCCCUGAGAAUUGUGGAUGUGUUAGUAAAGAGGACACGUUUAUGAUGACCGACUGCCACUGUCGGGGUUUCUAUUUACACUUCAUAUGUGAAAAACCCCGUACCACAGGAUAGAAAUAAUACUCGUUAAUGACGUCUCCAUGGUAUAAUACUGUUUAAUGAACAAAGAACUCUCUACAUAAACACAUAGCUCUAAAUGAAAUAAUGUCGUUUCCAAAACCAUUUCAGUAUUCAAAUCAAAAUGUUACGUGGAGUGUAUUUUGUCAGAACAUCCAAAACUUUAAAUCGCGAAAUAUGUAAGGGUAAAUGAAAGAAAAUAUACUUUUUACACAGUU